AUGCUCAAACCUUUUAUGGAAAAGACUACACACAAAAUUCGCGAAUUAGCAAGUCUCCUCGGUACACUCAACGCCGCAACCCCGGCAGUAGCGUAUAGUUUAACGUAUUGUAAAAGACUAGAGAGAAAGAAAUUCUUAGCCCUGAUAGCAAGCGAUAUUGAUUACGAAGGGAAAGUAACAAUCAACGAAAGAGUUCGGGAAGAUUUAGUGUGGUGGAAAACGAAUGUUAGCAAGGGCUUUAGUAAGAUCAGAACGAAAAAAUUCGCCCUGGAGAUUAGCUCAGACGCCUCGCUGACGGGUUGGGGUGCCCACAGUGAGAACAGAAGUACGCACGGUUUUUGGGAAAAAAGUCAUGAAAAAUAUAGUAUAAACUACCUCGAGCUUCUGGCAGCGAGCUAUGCAUUGCAAUGUUUUGCUUCAAAUCUGUCGGACUGUGAAAUUCUGCUCCGCAUCGAUAACACGACCGCUGUAUCUUAUAUCAAUAGAGCGGGGGGGAUACAAUUACCCCACCUGAGCGAGCUAGCUAGGAAUAUUUGGGAAUGGUGUGAGUCGAGACAAAUUUGGGUGUUUGCAUCAUACAUACCGUCGGGAGAAAACGUAGAGGCAGACAGAGCCUCAAGAAUUAAAAAUAUAGACACAGAGUGGGAGAUUUCGAAUAAAUUCUUCUCAAAAAUAGAAUCAAAAUUCGGGCCCUUCUCGAUCGAUCUGUUUGCAUCAAACGCGAACAAAAAAUGUGAAAGAUUCUGCUCUAGAUUCCCACAGCCGAACACAAAAGCAGUCGACGCAUUUACCAUUCCCUGGAGUGACAAAGAAGGACUCUAUGCCUUCCCUCCUUUCUCUCUCGUCUUAAAAACCCUACGAAAAAUCAUCAUAGAAAAAGCCGAAUGCACCAUAAUUGUAACACACUGGCCAUCUCAAGCGUGGUAUCCGCUAUUCGUAGAAUUACAAGUCUCGGACUCAUUAAUCCUUCCCCCUAAAAUCGGAAUGCUGUUAUCUCCUUGCAGGAAGAAGACUCAUCCUCUAGCUGCGAGGCUGUCGCUGGAGGCAGCGAACAUAUCCGGAAAGCUUUUCAGAAAAGAGGACUAG